CCGCUAAACCCUCCACCCCUCUCGCCAGUCUCCAGCAGCUCCAAGCUCAAUCCAUCGCCUCCACCAGGCUCCAGUACCGCGCCCGCCUCGCCUCGCAAGAGGCUUCCUCGACCUCUCCUUCAAGCAGCGGAGACCGGAGCCUACGCGGGGCUUCGCGCCAGGAGCUGGCUAACCAUCAGCAGACCCUCGCGGCGGCGCCGGCGCCGGACGCGGAGCUGGCCGGGGAGACGGAGGAGCAGCGCGGCAAGUUCCUCGUGCUGCGCCUCUACGAGGCGCUCAACGCCCGCGACGCGCGCCGGGCGCAGGAGCUGCUCGCCCCGGACCUCGAGUGGUGGUUCCAUGGCCCGCCGGCGCACCAGCACAUGAUGCGCCUCCUCACCGGCGCAGGCACCAACGCCGAGUUCAGGUUCUCCCCCCGCUCCGUCGACGCCUUCGGCUCCACCGUCAUCGCCGAGGGGAGCGCGGACGGCGCCGGCCAGCUCCUCUACUGGGUGCACGCCUGGACCGUCGGGCCCGAUGGGGUGAUCACUCAGCUCAGGGAGUACUUCAACACCGACCUCACCGUCACCCGCCUCUCCGCCGCGGCGGCCACCAACAACGCCAGCGCGGGCUCCCCUAGCCACUCCUCCUCUUCUUCUGCCUCUUCCUCCCCCUCCUCGUCUACGUCCUCGGGCCUCUCCUCGCCGGCGCACACGCCCAAGUGGCCCAAGUGCCUGUGGCAGAGCCGCCGCAGCGACCGCGCGCGCAAGUCGCUGCCGGGCCUCGUCCUCGCCAUCUAACAACAUGAGAGCCUACGAAUGAGUAACUAGAAGUCAAAGGAGUUGCUUUGCGUGCUUGAAUUAGCAGUGUGAUUUAUUUGGUCUAGAUCAUGGAUUAUGGUGUGUACUACUGCUACUGCGGCAAUGGCUUGCUGCUGCGGCUGAAUAAAAGUAUAUCGUAUUGGAGCC